CCCUUCCCUUAAAGUGGUGUGGACUGUUUGUUAUCCCCUUCCCUCUCCGGCCGGCCCUCACGGCGGAGAACCCAACCAAACACACCAGCCGCCGCCGCCGACGACAUGCCGCCGUCCCUCCUACUCCCCGCCUCCGCCUCCGCCUCCGCCUCCGCCUCCUCCUCCUCUGGUAUUAGUAUGGGGAGGCUGUCACCUCGGCAGCCGCCCACGCCCCUGCUCGUCUGCUUCCCCGCGCGCCGCAGCCGCAACCGCCUCCAUGCGGAUGUGGGGCUCCGCCUCGCCGCCGCCGGACCCAACGGCGUCAACGGUGCGGCCUCUCCCGGUCCAGGGGACGGCGGCGCCAACAACCUGCCCAAAAACCGGAGGGAUAUUCUCCUGGAAUACGUAAAAGGCGUCCAGCCAGAGUUUAUGGAGCUUUUCGUGAAAAGAGCCCCAACACAGGUUGUCGAUGCCAUGCGCCAUACAGUCACAAAUAUGAUUGGGACUCUGCCACCUCAAUUUUUUGCUGUAACCGUCACAACGGUUGCUGAAAAUCUGGCACAGCUUAUGUACAGCGUUUUGAUGACUGGAUACAUGUUCAGGAAUGCACAGUAUCGUCUGGAACUGCAACAGAGCCUGGAGCAGAUUGCUCUUCCUGAACCCAAAGGAGAAAAGGGCUCAGAAGAUUAUGCUCCUGGAACCCAGAAAAAGGUGAGUGGGGAAGUGAUCCGAUGGAACAAGAUCACUGGACCAGAAAAGAUUGACGCUGUGAAAUAUAUAGAAUUGCUUGAAGCAGAAAUCGAUGAGCUGAGCCGUCAAGUUGCUAGGAAAUCAUCUCAAGGAAGCAAUGAGCUCCUGGAAUACCUAAAAACCCUAGAACCUCAAAAUCUAAAGGAACUGGCGAGUAGUGCGGGUGAGGACGUUGUAUUUGCAAUGAACGCAUUCAUAAAGCGUCUCUUGGCUGUCUCGGACCCUGCGCAGAUGAAGACGGCGGUUUCGGAGACGAGCGGUGCCCAGCUGGCGAACCUGCUGUUCUGGCUGAUGAUCGUCGGGUACAGCAUGCGCAACAUUGAGGUGCGUUUCGACAUGGAGAGAGUGCUGGGCGCCGCCCCCAAGAUGGGCGGAGAGCUGCCGCCUGGUCCUGGAGACAACACACAGACACAACUAUAGCUGCUAGAUAACAAGCACAGCGCGUGCGGUUGCAGUUGCAGACGAUUUGUUAGUUUGGUCUGCUGAGAAGUGUGUGUUUUUGUACGGAUAUAUGUAUGUUGUUCUGUCUUAGCUGGUAUUUAGAUAGCAAAAAGAAAAUUUACAACCGCAUGUAUUUUUGGGGGAAGAAUGCACACUUGAAAGCAA